AUGGUAAGAAUACAUAAAUUCCUGAUUUUGUCUUUGGCUUUGGUUGGCUGUGUUGUAGCUGACGUUUCGGAGUUGUCAGGCUAUGAUUAUCACGCCCCAGCUGCUGCACCUGCACCUGCCCAAAGCUACUCGGCUCCUGCUCAAACUGCUGCUCCUUCCAACAGCUACAUCCCUCCUGCAGCUUCUGCUCCAGCUCCAAGCUACUCUGCCCCAGCUCCUUCUCAAUCUUAUGCUGCCCCAGCUGCUGCUGCCCAAAGCUACUCUGCCCCAGCUCAAAGCUACUCUGCCCCAGCCCCAGCUCCUGCUCAAAGCUACUCCGCCCCUGCUGCUGCUCCUUCUAACAGCUACAUCCCACCUGCAGCUUCUGCCCCAGCUCCCAGCUACUCUGCCCCAGCUCCAAGCUACUCUGCCCCAGCUCCAGCUCAAAGCUACUCUGCCCCAGCUCCAGCUCAAAGCUACUCUGCCCCAGCUGCUGCUGCUCAAAGCUACUCCGCCCCAGCUGCUGCUCCUUCCAACAGCUACAUCCCCCCUGCAGCUUCUGCUCCCGCUCAAAGCUACUCUGCCCCAGCUGCUAGCCAAAGCUACUCCGCCCCAGCUGCUGUCCAAAGUUACUCUGCCCCAGCUGCUGCUGCCCAAAGCUACUCUGCCCCAGCUGCUGCCCCAUCCAGCGAAUAUCUCCCACCCCAAGCUGCUGCCUCUGCCCCAGUUGCUGAUUUCGGUGAUGAUGGUUACCGCUACAAGACUCAACGUCGUCGUGUCUUCCGUCAACGUUUCUAA